AUGGACGGCGAACCACCUCAGGAGGAGGACUUCUCGACCAUCCCCCUCGUCGAGCGAAGCACGCACAAGAACUGGAAGGCUCGACUGUCGGCGUACAACGAUGUGAUCUCUCAGUCCGCCAAGACGGCGUCGGACACUGACCCGUUCUUUCGGCCAUACCUCAACGACCCAGGACUCCUGAAAAAGUGGUGUCUGGACUCGAAUGCCGUGGCCCAGGAGAAGGGUAUCGAGGCUGUCUUGGCUAUUGUGACGAAUAGCGGUGAGACGAGCGCCAAGUUGCGGCCAGAGAUCGUCCCCGCCAUCGUCGAGAAGGCCCUUGGAAACUCGCGAGCCGGCACGAAGAAGAAGGGAACGGAGCUCUGCGCUAUAUCUAACUCCAGAUCUUUCGGCGUCCAAGCUCUGGGAAAUGUCAAACCGCUUCUCAAGGCCCUCCCCAAGGUGUUCGCUCACUCUGACAAGAAUGUGCGAGCAGAGGGCACCGGACUAGCGACAGCUCUCUAUACGUAUCUCGGACCCGCUCUCAUGCCCGCUCUGGCCGACAUCAAGCCUGUGCAGAUGACCGACCUGCAGAAGUCAUUCGAGACAUUAGACGGAAGCGGAAAGGGCGCAGGUUCUGGAAAGCCCCAGCGAUGGACGCGGAAGGCGCAGCGGGAUCGGGAAGAGGCAGUGGGCGGGGACGACGACGGUGGAGAUGCUGGCGGUGAAGAGGAGCCAGCCGUUAUCGACCCGAUGUCGCUUCUCGACCCCGUCAACGUCCUCGACCUGUUCCCCGGCAAUCUGAUGGAGCUCAUCGCCUCCUCAAAGUGGAAAGAGCGUCUCGAAGGUUUCGAGGAGUGCAACAAAGUGCUUGCGCAGCCGCAGAACGGCCGCAUCUCCGAUUCCAACAUUGGUGCAUACGGGCCGCUCGUACAAACAAUAGGAACCAAGAUUCAGAAGGACGCCAACGUUAAUGUUGUGAUGGAAGCGGCCAAGCUUUUGGAGGGUCUGGCUCGAGGUCUCGGCAAAUCCUUCGGGCAGUUCCGCAGCUCUGUCAUGACCGGAUGCCUGGAGCGACUGAAGGAGCGUAAGGCCAACGUUGUUGAAGCGAUUGGCAAGGCUCUCGAUGCCGUGUUCUUGACUUCGAAGAACCCGCAGGUCAAAGCAGGCACUCUGGGCUUCCUUCACCGAAGUCUGAAAGUGACUACGGAGGCUCCAGGAAAGGACCACAUUAAGCCCAUGGCGGAGGCGCUCGUCGGUCUCCUUACUGACUCUGCGGAGCCGGUCCGUUCAGCCGCUGCGGAGUGUCUGGGUACGAUGAUGAAGAUUCUGGGAGAGCGCGCGUUCAACCCCUACGUCGAGAACAUUCCGGAGAUCCAGAUGACCAAGAUCAAGGAGGCGUUUGCGACCGCCGAAAUCAAGUAUCGACCAGGAGGGGCUAAGAAAGCCGCGCCUGCCGCUCGCGCACCUGCUGCUAAGCCCGUUGCAAAGGCGCCUGCCGUUGUCAAGAAGCCUCCAGCCGCCAAACCACCAUCACCGACGAAACCCGCCAACGAUGAUGAACUCUUACAGGACUUUGCGGCCCCGCCUAAGAAAGCGAUGCCCGCACGAUUCGCAAACCGAUUAGGCAAGAAGCCGACACCAGCCGCGUCUGAAGAGUCUUCACCGGCGCCCGAGUCGCCCAAGAAGGUGAAGCCGGUUGAGGACCAGUUGCUCGAUGAGUUCCCCGACCCCCCAAAACGCGCUAUGCCCGCCAAGUUCGCCAGCCGCUUCGGCAAGAAGCCCGCUGCUGCUGCUUCGGACGACGCCCGGUCAAGCGCUACUCCAUCACCGACAAAGGCUCCCGCAGCUCGAGCACCUGCGGCCAAGCCGGCUCCGAAGGCCGCGCCUGCUGCCGGUCCAUCGAAGCCUGCACCGGCUGGCAAGCCUGGAGCGGCGAAAGCUCUGACGAGCUCACCAUCGGAACCCGUCAAGUACCGGUAUUCUUCAGACGACGCUAUGGCCAAGGCUGAGGAGCUCAUUCCAGCCUCCUACCACACCAAGCUCGCCGACAGCGCGUGGAAGGUCCGAUUGGAGGGCGCCGAUGAGAUGGUGACCUGGGUCAGCGAGGGUGGCGGUGAGGAGGUCGAGAGCGAAAUCAUGAUGCGGUUCCUCAGCAAGAUUCCGGGGUGGGGAGAGAAGAACUUCCAAGUAUCCGGCAAGAUCUUCCAGGUCAUUCAGCUCAUGGCGGAGAAGAGUGCGAGUUUCGGGAAGCCCGCGGCUUCGCUAGUGAUUGGACCGUUGACGGACAAGCUAGGCGACCUGAAGCUGAAGAAGCCCGCUGGAGAGGCACUCAUCGCUAUUGCUGAGAAGACGUCACUGGCCUUCCUCCUUGCUCAAUGUGAGUCGCGUCCUGAAAAGGCGCCCAAGGCCCAGGCCGAUGCUCUCGCGUGGAUUAAGCAGCAGGUUAUCGACUUUGGUGCUGCAGGAAUCCCGCUCCGCGAGCUGAUCGCAUUCAUCAAGAAUGCUCUCGGAAGCCCCAACGCUCUGGUGCGAUCAAACGCGACGGCCCUCUUGGUGCAGGUGAAGAUCUUCGUUGGCGCAGACAUCUCCGGUUUCAUCGAAGACCUGAACCCGACACUUCUUGCCACCAUCAACAAGGAGUUCGAUAAGGUCGACGGACAGACGCCGCCGGAGCCAACGCGCCAGCAGGCCGACCUCAAGGAGGUUGCGGGCGGCAAGGGCAAGGGCGGCAAGGGCGGUGCUGCGGACGCCCUCGAUGAUCUCAUCCCUCGAGUGGAACUUGACAAGCUCGUCAACCAGACCACCGUCCUGAAGGACUUCAAGAGUGACGCCUGGAAGACGCGCAAGGAGGCCUUUGAGUCCCUCAACGCUCUCCUUGACGUCAAGUCUAACCAGAGGCUGAAACCAACGAUGGGCGAGAUCGCGACUGUGCUGAAGAAGGCAAUGGCGGAUACAAACCUCUCGGUCAAGAUGCUUGCGCUUGGUAUCAUCACCAAGAUCGCGACCGGAAUGGGACAACCCAUCGAGAAGUACUGCCGUGUUCUAGUACCGGCGGUUGCGAGCGUGUGCGCCGACCAGAAGGCGACUACCCGAACAGCUGCUAUCAACACGCUGUCGGCCAUCGCUGAUGCCAUCGGCUCCCUGGACCCAAUGUAUUCCGGAAUCGGCGCGUCGCUCGAGAGCGUCAACCCUGCCCUGCGCUCGAGCGUGCUUGGCUGGGUUGCUAGCCGACUUGCAGACGACCCGCCAGGACCUUCGGCUGACCUCUCGCCCCUUGCUGGUCCUGUAGUCACAUGUCUCGAGGAUCGCAACGGUGAUGUGCGCAAGGCCGCGAGCGCGAUGCUGCCGUUCGUUGUCGGCAAUGUCGGCUACGACGCCUGCAUUGACAAGACGACCAACCUCAAGCCCGCUUCCAAGGCUACCAUUGUUCCCAUGAUCCAGGCCGCGGCCGCGAAUGCCCCAUCAUCGUCGUCUGCUGCCGCCCCUCCGCCAACGCCUGCCAAGGCUGCUCCCGCGGCGGUGGCUACGCCGGCCAGGAGCUUAAAGGCUCCUACGGCCAAGGUCACUGCUGCCACGCCGCGCGCCUCUGUACCGAGGCCUUCCGGUAUCGCGCCACCUGGCCGUUCUCUUGCAAUGAAGGCACUCGGAUCAGCAUCCAGCCACCGACCGCCAUCGGCAACUGGAGAGCGGCCACUGGGUAUCCCGAAGUCUCGCAUGAUGGCUCCCCGUCCGACAUCCUCUGCCUCGUCUCGACCAGCUGUCGCUUCACCGACUGGACGGACAUUGCCGUUUGUGACCAGCUCCCCUGACGCCAAGGCGAACCGGUUGAAGCGCGAUGCCGCUCGCUGGAUGCUGGAGGCUGGAGCUCGCAGCGACACGCUCGAGUACCUUGCACACCAGAUGGAGCCGCACACCUCCGCUGACAUCUUCACGCUGCUAUUCAGCAAGGACCACCGUGCAGAGGAGGAUUUCAUGACUGGACUUGCUGUCAUUGCCGAGUUCUAUGACCCCGAAACUGCCGGCGAGUUCGGCCUGCCGGACAGCGAGCUCGACGCCAUCCAGCUGGCUAACAAUGACCUCGCACUGAAAUACGCCGCCAUUCGACUCAUGACCAACCACACGCAAGUGAACAACCGGUCACUGGAAGUCAUUUCUAAUGUUCUCGAUUACCUCACUCGUUCAGGGGAGCGCCUGACAGAGGUCGAGGUGCGCCUCUUCGUCCCCGCCUUGGUUAUGAAGCUCGGCGACCCGAAGUUUGUGCCAAAGCUCACGCCGAUCUUUGAUGGUCUGGACAAGAUCAUCCCUGCGUCCCAGGUGGUUCAGCUCCUGGUUCAGUACGGUCUCGAGGAGAAAGGCGCCGGCAAGACGCAGAAGAAUGAGAGUCUCGCGCUCAUCGAGAAGGCCUUCAAGCGACGAGGAUCGGUGCUUCGCAAGGACGAACGCGGCUUCUACGAGGCCAUCGCCAAAUGCAUCGCCGACCCUGGAACGCGACCAAAUGCACUCAACCUCAUGGCCCUUCUUCAAUUACAGGGCGAGUCUCGCAACCUGCAGGCCGUUGUUGCGGGCAUGCCGACAUCUGCGAAGGACAUGCUCGCCAACCGCCGCAAUGCUCUGUCCGCGUCGAAGGGUGCUAGUGGUAUCCCUCGUCCUGGUGAGGCUCCGGCCUCCCCCCGCCCAGGGUCUCGAGCCAGCUCCAACGCCUCCUACGGCACGCCGGCGUCGUCUGCUCGUAUCUCCCGCGAACUGUCUUCAUCCACGUCAGCCCGCCCUCAGCCGAGAGGAAUCCCGACGCCGGCGGCUUCGAGGUUGCCGACGACCACGCCCGCCCGUGGCCAGCCGCGCGGCAUUCCAGCUCCCUCGGGCAUCCCCGGUUCCAUCAAGCGACCGGCUGCGCGCUCGUUGGCUAAUGACUUCAACGGAGCUGCAGCUCCCUCUCGCGCCAUGCAGCCUCUUGGCCGCGCUGCUGCUCCACCGCCGGAGCCCGAGCUUAGCGAGGCUGCCAUGCUCAUCGACGCCAUCUACACGGAGGAUGUCGAGGAGGCGGCUGAGGCGCUCAAGGCGACCGCCGCUGUUCUCGAUGAGGACGAGGAGAUCUUCAUCCCGGAGGCCCGCAAUCUCAUCAACGGCCUCUGCUUCCAGCUGAACAACUUGCCGAAGGACCCUGCAGCGCUUCUCGAGCCUCGCAGCCUGCGAAGGAUGAAGCAUUUGAUGCGCACGAUCCAUAUCACCUUCAGCAAGGCUCGUCUGGUGAAGAAGGUCAAGCUUGAGGGUCUCGAAACGAUGUUCGCGGGCAUCAGGCAGCAGUACGCCUCAAUCGAGGUCUGGAGCGAAGCCCGCGGUGACGACAAUCAGAGCGCGAACGACCUGCGCGACUACAUGAGCAUGGUGCUCAGCAGCAUGAUCUCCACGCCGAGUCGCGAGGCGGUAUACACGAUUCUCUUUGAGGGUCUCGUCGAGCUCUGCAAGGACAUGACGCCCAACCCCGACCCCAAGAUGGGAUCCGAGAUUGGUGUCAUCCUGCAGUGCACGUACAAGCGUGUCCGUUCGAUCGACGCCGACUUGCGAAACGAGCGCAUCCGCGCCGGAACGCUGCUGGCGAUCAUUGAGAGCCUGCUGCAGGUCAUUCCGCCCGUGCAGUGGCGCAGGCGCCCCAAGUAUGGCCUGCCGCACGGCGACCUUCCCCUGCGUGUAAUUAAAACCCUGCUCCAGCGUGUGAUUGUUUACACCAAGGAGAUUGGAGUCGGCAUCUACGACUUGCUGCAAGAGCAGUUCGGUGCCGAGGCUGACAUGACGACUGUGUACAGCUACAUCUUCCGCAUCUAUGAUGCAGCCGCUGCGAAUGCCGCCGCGCAGAAUGCGGCUCAAGCACCCAUGCAGCCCCCGGCGGCGCCCGCCCCUGUUGUCGCUCCGACGCCAGUGGCUGCCCCCGCGCCGAUUGCUGAGCCGGUGCCCUCGCGGGCCGACCAGUUCUCCCGACAGGAGAGUGAGGACCGCGUCGAGGCUCUCGAACGCAACGACCACGUCGAGCGCAUGGAGCGCAUGGCCGAGCGGAUGGACCGACCGCCGUCGCUGUCUCACUCGCGCCGCCGUUCGGGCAUUGACCGGCCGCUGAGCAUCGCGAGCUCGGCAGCGUCCCGCAUGUCCAUGGGACCGGACGGCAUGCCGAAGUCUCCCCCUCCUGCGCGCGACGUACCCGAGGCCGAGCGUCUCGUGCGGCGCCUGACGGACACGCGCGACAACGAGCAGCGCCUGAACGAGCUGCACGCCUUCAUGAAGCUGUCGCCUGAAAACGAGGCCGAGGUCCGGGCCGCGAUCGCGUCGACGUUGAACCCCGCCGCACAGACGUUUGUGUGGCGUGCGCUGGAUCGCCGUAACGCGGUAGACCAGCCGGUGCAGCCUCUGUCGCCGCCUUCGCGCUCGCCCGUGCGCGAGCUCGCCUCUCCGCCCCUGUCCGCCACGACGUCGCGGCAAUCGCUCUCGGGCUCAAUCAGCUCGCGCCCCUCCUCGAUGGCGCCUGAUGAGCAGAUGGAGAAGCUCAAGGCCGUGUUCGCGCGCGGGUCCCGCGUCUCGCUCGGUGGCGCGCGCACGAGCUCCAGCCCCAACAUGAACAGGCCCCUCAGCGAGAUCGACUCCCAGCAGGUCAGUCCCGAGCGCUCCCUCCACUCCUCGGCCGACAGGCCCAAGAGCGAGAUCUCGGGCUAG